ACACAAAGUAAGUGAAGCAUAUGGAGAAACCAAUAUGUAUAAAUUUGUUAAACAACAGGUUGGUGAUUCCUCAUCAGAAUCUGAAGAAAUAACCAUGGAACUACUGCAGUGGUUAGAACAACACAUUCAAACAUCUUUACAACCAAAACUCGAAGAGCAGAAGUCCUUCAUGUCAAACAGUAAACACAGAAAAAUUCUGCUUGAAUUCUUGAGAAAGGAACACAACACUCAACUUUGCAUCUUCACCAAGAAUACUGAGUCCCUUCACGCUGCUCUCCAACCACCAUCAGCAUUGAAUACAAAAUCAUUAUUCUUUCUUAAAAGACAGCAACAUUGGAUUAUCACACCAAAUAAUAUCGAUGAUGAAAUCCUGUAUUUUGAUUGUCUUCCUCUUCCAAUGGAGCACCUAUGUUUGGAAAUCAAAGAAAUAUUUCUACCGUUCAUCUGCAGUAAUAUAGUUCUUUCAAAGACAACAAACCAAGAAAGCAACAAAAUACUCAAUGUUCUGCACAGUUUAUUCUAUUCUGUUGAAGUUGCAGACAAAAUGACUAAGGGAGAAAUAGUGUUGGUUCAGCCAUUAACAGAGCUCUUGGAUCCUGCAGUUAUAAACUCACAAAGAUAUCCAGCAAUGAAAUAUCUCUUGGAGUCAACUCUAAUUUCUUGGAUUUCAGAAACUAAGACAAUAUUAUUACAUGAUCCUGACAAAGACUUGCUGACUAAUUUUGGCAUCAGUCCUACACCCGAAGAUCAAUUAAAAAUAUGGAAUGAGAAAUUGAAAAAGUUGCAUUCAUUUCUCACUCAACUCCAUUUACCAAUUAACCAGAAGAUUAUUGAAACUCUUCAAAGAGCAGACAAUCCUUUUGUUGCUGCCAUCAUUUAUAUACAGAAUAAAGCUGUCCAAGUUAUUGAAAUAUGUGAAACAGUCAUACCAUUCUUUGAAUCUUUGUGGAGACGCUGUAACAAAAUUGAGAAAUGCACAAAACCAGAAGAGAUUCUAUUAUAUUUUGAAUCAUUGAUGAAAGCUUUGUUCUUCAUGUGGUCACACUCAACGUAUUGCCAUCAGAAAAGUAAAUUCAGCCUAACCAUUCAACUACUUUGUAAUUUCCUUAUAAACAAAGCUGAAAGCAUGAUUAAUGAUAACAUUCUCCAAGACCCAGAUACUUCACAAGAAAAUCUGAAAUGGGCUCAAAAAAUAUGUACAACCUUCCGAGGAACCUACCUUGAUUUCAAAGCUAAAGCAGAUGAUGUGAACUACCAAAAUGUCAAGUCGUUGAAGGAAAGAAUACGUGAAAGAAACAUCUAUAAAAUGAGGUUUGAGGGAAUAAAUACCACUAAUUCUACAAAGGUUACCAAGCAACAAGAAAUGUCAGAUCUGUCUGAAGAAGACCUUUUACUAAUAGAUUCUUCCUGGCCUAAUCACAAUUCAGUUGCUUUUAAAUAUCUCAAUGAUUUUAUGGACAGAUGUAAUGAUGUGCAGGAAUUGAUUGAAACUGACCAGCAUUUCAAAGAACUUUCAGCAGUUGCAGAAAUUGGUGGUAUUGGAGAUGCUUGUACCGAUAGGAUUAUCAAAGAGAUUUCCAUCAAAUAUUCUGAGAGCAUCCAAGUUUUUUGGACUUCAAUACCUAAUCUGAUGAAUGUAAAAGAGAUUCAGCCAUUUGAAGCAAACUUUUACAAACUACGUUCAGUUUCAAAGAGUCUUGAAGUUCAACUUUCUGGGAUUCUACUGAAAUCUCUCACGGAAUGCCAUUCUCCUCAUUCACAGAUGCGUUUGCUUCAAAUAUUUCAUUCCACCAUAAAACAAAUACAAGUAAAGAGAAACAUCAAUGGAAUAGUGAACAACCUUGUAGAUGAUUUCUGGAAACAAAUCUUACAUUUAGAAGCUAUGUUCAAUGAUCAGCACAAGUCUCCAUAUAGGCAUUGGAACUUCUCACCAGAAAUAAGUCGGAUAUUAUGGAUUCAUGGACUGCUGAACAACGUUCAGAAACUUAUGUCAAACAUAGAAGAGAUAUGUCCACAUAUUCAGGAAGAAGAGAAAAAGCAGACCAUGAAAGCUCAUUUCAAGGAAUUAUUAGAAAAAUUUGAAUGUUACAAAUUGGAUGCUAUUCAAAAAUGGCUGAGCAAACUUGACAGACAAUGUUCAGAAAAACUCAAGCAAACAUUAUUGCUAAUUAACGAUGGCCUUCAGCACAUAACUUGGAAGAUGAAAGAAUCAUUAGAUUUUAUUGAAUCAGCAAUGUCUCUUGUUUGCAAUGAUGUUUAUCAAAGUCUGGAAACCGUUCAGUCUAAUCAUAACUCUAUUGUUGAAACAACAUCCAGCUGGAUUCUUUACUCACCACAGCUUCCUAUUGACCUACAACCAUUGACUAUGGAACAACUGAAACGGUUUGAAAUUACCAUUUUACAGAAGCUCAAAGAAGUUCUUCUCCCAUCUAAUCACAGGAUUGAUUCUUUGUUAAAAUCUUCAUUACAGGUUCUUGAUGUCAGUGAAAUAUCCCCAAGUUGGCAAGACUACCUGCUACACGUAGAUCAGAUUAUUAUCGAUGGUUUAAAAAAUGCAAUCCAGUCUCAGCUCAGCAUAUUGUUAUCCUUCCUCUCUGGUAAUUCUGCUUCAAAGGAUGUAACGUCAGUUCCAUUCCUUAUCGUAAAUGUCCUUUUGGUGGCUAAUGCCAUUGUGUUUGAACCUGUCCUGGAGCAGACCAUCAAUUCACUAAGUAUACGUGAAGUGAUUCACUUAUGGAUCACUGACUUACUUGAACUGGUUUCUUUUCUACCAUUGUACAGUGAACAGGGAAAUUACCAAAACUUUAUUGAAAAUGAUGUAGAAAUUCAGAACUUAGUAUUAGAAAUUGGCAAAUGUGUUGAAGAUGUGGUGAGCAGAUGCCAGGAAGUUAGCAGCCGAUUUGAACCUUAUAGUUACCUGUGGACACAAGAAAGUGAAUGUGAAGAUCUGGAUGUGAUUUUGUGCAAGGCAUCAACUAACAGAGAACUAAAUAUUAAACAAGAACCUGAUGGAGAGAUGGAUGAAGAUAAAGCUUUGACUUCCAAGGAUUUGCUAAAUUCAAAGAAUUUGGAAGAAUUAGAUGCUAAAGGUGAAAAGUAUAAGGAAAUAAAACAGACACUUCAUAAUGUUCCUGAUUUUGUGGAUAUUGGCUGGAUCCGGAUCAACAUGGAAUCAAUCAAGCAGACAGUCGAUAUAAUGUAUAGUAAGAAGAUGUUAACGUUAACGAGAUCCCUGUCUCAGCAAAAAUAUGCAGAUGACUGUCAUUUCCACUGUUGUUAUGUAAGUAAGAAUAUAACAAUGAUUGGUGCUAUGUUAACCAUAAUUGUUACUCUGGUUGUGACAAUGUUUAAUAGGAACUUACUGACCAAUAUUAGUCUGAGCUGUGCUAGCCAGGUGUAUACUACUGUUUAUAUUGCUAAUUGA